AGUUUUAGUACGACGAGCUCGACAUAUUUAACCAAUGGCAAUGCAGAGUAGCCUCGCGUUCUCCCACCGACUGGUUCCUUCGAGCAACCGGCUUUCUCGGGUUCCGGUUAUCCGCAUGCCCCCGGCUCCAACUUGUAUCCGGACUUCACUGAAAUGCAGGAGCUCUCUGUCAAGCUCUUCUCUUGUUACUGAUGAAACGAAGUUUGCUGAGGCAGCGAAGAAGGGAAAUUUGGUGCCCCUUUACCGUUGCAUUUUCUCUGAUCAGCUGACUCCAGUGCUUGCAUACCGGUGUUUGGUUAAAGAAGAUGAUAAGGAUGCUCCAAGUUUUCUUUUUGAGUCAGUGGAGCCUGGUUCUCGGGUUACAAGUGUUGGCCGUUAUAGUGUGGUUGGGGCUCAACCAACAAUGGAAAUUGUGGUGAAAGAAAACAAGGUUAUGGUUAUGGAUCAUGAGGAAGGAUGUUUGACUGAGGACGUUGUUGAAGAUCCGAUGUUGAUCCCAAUGAGAAUCUCGGAGAACUGGAAACCCCAACUUAUUGAUGAUCUUCCUGAUGCAUUUUGUGGUGGAUGGAUUGGUUAUUUCUCAUAUGAUACAGUUCGCUAUGUAGAGAAGAAAAAGCUUCCAUUCUCAAAGGCACCACAAGAUGACAGAAACCUCCCAGACAUGCAUCUAGGGCUCUACAAUGACGUGAUUGUAUUUGAUCAUGUGGAAAAGAAAGCAUAUGUAAUUCACUGGGUGAGGCUUGAUCGACACUCCUCUGUUGAAAAAGCUUACAGUAUUGGAGUUGAGCACCUUGAGAAUUUGGUGUCUAGAGUGCAGAAUGUUGACCCCCCAAAGCUAUCUCCAGGUUCUAUUGAUUUACAAACUCACCAUUUUGGCCCUUCUUUGAAGAAGUCAAAUAUGGAAAGUGAAGAAUUUAAGAGGGCUGUACUACAGGCAAAAGAACAUAUUCUGGCAGGGGAUAUUUUCCAGAUUGUAUUAAGUCAACGUUUUGAACGGCGAACAUUUGCUCUCCCCUUUGAAAUAUAUAGAGCUUUGAGAGUUGUGAAUCCAAGUCCAUAUAUGGCUUACUUGCAAGCUAGAGGAUGUAUAUUAGUUGCUUCAAGUCCAGAAAUUCUCACCAGGGUGAAGAAGAAUAAGAUUGUGAAUAGGCCAUUGGCUGGAACAGCAAGGAGAGGAAAGACACCUGCUGAAGAUGAGCUAGUAGAAAAGCAGUUGCUAAGUAAUGAAAAGGAAUGUGCAGAACACAUCAUGCUUGUUGAUUUGGGACGCAAUGACGUUGGAAAGGUCUCCAAAUAUGGUUCUGUGAAGGUGGAGAAGCUGAUGAAUAUUGAACGAUAUUCACAUGUUAUGCACAUAAGCUCCACAGUUACUGGGGAGUUGCAUGAUCAUCUCAGUAGUUGGGAUGCCCUGCGCGCUGCACUUCCUGUUGGAACUGUUAGUGGAGCACCAAAGGUGAAGGCCAUGGAGCUAAUUGAUGAGCUUGAGGUGACCAGGCGAGGCCCUUACAGUGGAGGAUUUGGGGGCGUCUCCUUUACUGGUGAUUUGGAUAUUGCUUUGGCUCUCAGGACCAUGGUAUUCACAACUGGAACUCGCUACGACACAAUGUACUCCUACAAAGAUGCUGGUAGGCGCCAGGAAUGGGUAGCUCAUCUUCAAGCUGGCGCUGGUGUUGUGGCAGACAGUGAUCCGGAUGCUGAGCACCAUGAAUGCCAGAGCAAAGCCGCUGGCCUUGCUCGUUCCAUUGACUUGGCAGAGUCUGCAUUCAUUAACAAUGAUGCAAACUCUUUUUAUCAACCAUAUGAGUUCUUCACCAACCAUGUCGAGCUCAAGUUCUCUUUCUGCUUGUUAGAAUUUGUCUGCAAUAUAGUUGCGCAUCAUUUUUUAGCAGCUACUUGAGUUGUUCACCAACCACGACCGGCUCAAGUUCUCUUUCUGCUGUUUAGGAUCUGUCUGAAAUACAGUUGCCUCACCUCGGAAGAGAUGGUAACUAAAAAUAGGAACCACAGGAUGUAAAUUAUAACUUUUAUAUUAGUUUAAGUUUAUAAUAAAGUUAUCUUUCAGACGAUUAAA